AUGUCCGCCACCCCCGUUGUCUCCCCGCUUCUACCUUCUGUCAAUACGAAAAUUGAAGACUCGAUUGGUGAAGAGAAACCUAAAUCCUAUUUUGGAACAAUAUUGUUGAUACAAGAAGUAUACGAUAGGGAUCUAUUUUCAACCGAUGAUAGAAUUGGGGAUGCAGAAUUCGACUUCACUCCAUUCUUGGAAGCUAUGAGGAUGCGUUUGAAUUCUGAUAUCUUAAACAACACGAUCAUCACAACUGUGAAACCAAAGAGGACCAAUUGCUUGGCUGAAGAAAGCUACAUAACAUGGACAAAUGGAAGAGUUGUCCAAAACAUGUCAAAUUUGGUGUAUUCAAUAUCUAUUGUCACCAUCGUUCCAAUCAACAUCAUCUUUUGCUGGAAGUCAAUACAGAAGCUAUCCUCAACAAUCUUAUUCAUAGCUGCCACAAACAUUCAUAAUUAUCCUGUUCCGGAGGCUUAUCCUACUUAUCCUCAGCAUUAUCAUGCACCUGCAGCUCCCCCUGCACCUGCACCAUUACCUAUGGUCAACCCCAUAAACCAUAGAAGAAGCUUGACCGGAUGUAUUCAAGGUUUGCAGAUAAUUACACUUCAUUGGAACAGCUAG